AUGAACAGAUUUCGCACCAAGAAGAGGGCGAAGGAUGAUAUCGCCUCUUCCACGCCAAGGGCCUCCCACGAAUCAGAGUCACCUACGCCAUUCCGUCUGUUUGGAAAGGCAAAGAAAUCACAAGAAGAGGAGCCUAAGAAGGAACUGGAUCUCGAGAACGCUUUGCCUAACACCGAUGAUUUCCGAACAAGUCUGCUUAUGACAGGGUUAUCUGCACGAUUUUCCAUGCUGAGAGAACAAGAUGACCCGAACACGAAGAUUGGCAAGGCGAGUGACGACAGCGUUUUGUUUCCCAAGCGCCAGUCAAGGAUGCUGGACUUUGGCUUCGGCCCUGCAAACGGCCUGUCAGACAUCGCCGAGGUCGAGUCAAUCAGAAAAGAAGUACCCUUUAACCGGAUGGAUUCUUACCACUCGGCCGAUGGUAACUCCAUCUCGGGAAGCGUCAUGGACCGAGCCAAGCCGGGAGAAGGUAACAACCUAUUUGGUGGACGCCAGAAAGUUUACAAGCUUGGCUCUGGCGCUGUUUCCACCAAAAACCUCGACGGCGGUGGCAUGAGUGGACGAGUUCUCUACGAUGACGACGUCGCGAAGUCGGCCUUCCAGAAAUGGAGGCAGACCGAGAAGUCCAAGCCAUCAUUUGACGACGAACAGGAUCAGACGCCCUCAAGCAUCGAUCUCCCUCGCGCGGAAUCACCCCCGCCCUUGGGCUACGAUCGUAAGAGAGAAACAAACUCAACAACGUCAUCGACGCCCUCACUGGGCCGCAACUCAACGGCAGCUACUUCUGUCAUGUCUCAACCAACUUCGGCAGCAAAGGAUUGGCAGUCAAACCCGACGGCACCCAGCUCUGCAACGGGCACUCCCAAUCUCGACCGGAGCGUUACCCGUGCACGACGCCUCUACGAGACGGGCCUCAACCACGAGCUCCAAGAACAGCAAUCUUCAGCUCUGUCACGAAUGGACACUCUUUCUCGGCAGCGAACACUCGGCAGUAGGACUCCUGACCUCAACGGACCUUCGCCGACAAGCAGUCUCUUCAGCGAUCGUUUCGGCAACGAGAGAAGAAUCUUGGCCAAGGGAAGCGCACCGAACCUGCGAUCCGCGAGCCCGCCAACCAUGGGAUCACCAAUCGUCCCCAUGGAUUUGGGCAUCAACGUGCCCUCAAACUCAGAGCCCAAGUCCUCCUUUGGAGGCGCACCCCCGCUGAGUCCGCCCAUCAGCGAAGGUGAGGAAAGCUCUGUCCUCCCCAGUGACAGAGGCAAGGCCACUGCCAUGGGACUGUUCCAAAAGCCGCUUCAUUCCUACGACGAGUCCAGAUACGCCCAGAGGCAGCUUCAACUCCAGCAAGGCCGAGAGACGCCGACCAACAGAUUCCGCACCGAGUCUAAUGCAUCCCAAACUACCGGCCGAUCCCGCUCGUCCUCGUCGGCUCAGAGGCUGCCGGUCGAGAAACCCGAGCCAAUGAUUCGUACUGAGCCGACCGUGAAGGAAGAGGAAGCUGGAUUGAGCUUCUAUGACGACUCGCUUUCCCCCCAAGACGACGCGAUAAACCCAGCUGCAGCAUUGCAUGGCGCUACAAGGCGGCCUGCUGACCGCGAUCAUCCCGCACUCAGGGACUUUGCCGUGCCAACACCACUCUCGUUGAGCACUGGCGCGUCGGUGGAGCCAUCACCUGUGUCCGAUCAGCCUUUUACUGCCGUGUCCGCCGAGACGACGAGCUCGCCUCAAGACUCCCCUACGCUUCCCUCGUCUGCCGGCCUCAGCGGAAUGGUCCGCCAGCACCUGCGGACCGACAGUGCCACUUCAUCCAUCUACGGCUCAGCCCCGCAGACCUCCAACUUUGCUUCUAGAUUCCCUCUUGACCCGUAUGAUCCCAAGUCUAUGGCGGAUAUGGGAGUGAUGGCCAACCCUUGGGAAGUUCAGUCUCCGGACUGGAGAAACUCGGCCUUCAACGACGAUGAGCAGACGUCCAACGAGCAGAAGGAACCAGCAGUUCCUGAGCCUACCUCGCAGCCUCGCCAAACGCUGCCAUCAGAGAACCAGCCAGCCUCUGAGCGCAAUACCGGGUCAAGCACCGAGAUGGAAAAGGAACAUGACGAAUUUGCCAAUCAACUCGCUGACCGCGCACGCCGCGUUCGUGAGAGGCUGACUUCGUAUGUGGAGUCAGACCGCGACAGCAGGUCGCUCUCACCUCACCCAGUCGAUCGUACAAGAGAGCCGUCAUUGCCUCGUCCGAAUCCUCUGGGUAUCUUGAGACAAAAGACGAGCCGUGGUUCUUUGAUCGAUCGCAAUCGCGAGAACCGCGUCGAUAGCCAGCACUCAAAGGCCAUCAAGAUGCUUGGCCUUGCGUCUUCGACCAUCAGCAGCGCUCCCAGCCCGAAUAAGUCAAGCUUCGAGGAGAAGGAACCACAGUCACCUGUUCAUGACGAACGUGAGAAGCCACCGUUCCCUAGGGCUGAGACAGCCCCGGUAUUUCCCACGCACGAGCCGGAGAAGGAGAAGGAGGACGACUCGAUGCACGCUGGACUCCAAGCAUUCAGACAAGCCAGACGACGGCUGAUGGAGGCUCAGAAGAGCCCGUCAAGUGUCCCUAUCAACCCUGGUCAGAUGCCUGGCUCCAUGUCCAUUCCGAUGGCUGGCCCGCCUGCGUCCAGGACUGCCGCCCCUACUAGUCGAGAACGCACUCCCGGCCCACGAUCACCUUCCCGUGAGCGCCGACCGCCUCCCGUUACCUACCAGCAACGGGCACCUAGCGAAGAGCUACAGCCCGGCAACGGCCAGGGCCGAGCGCCGUCCCGCCCUUCUUCUCGGACUGAACGAAGUGAGCGUGACCGCAGCGGCUCUGAAGCUAGCAGCGGCGACAGGCCUCACCGUCCUGCGCGGCUGCGUACCGGCACAAUCUCAUCACCCCAUGAAGAGCAGCGCGGCAUGGUGCCACCUCCUGGUAGACCUCAAAUGCUGAACUCGCCGGGCCUCCCCGGCACUAACAUUCGUCGGUCACCCAUUAUGCCUCCUCAGCCGUACCCGAAUGGAGCCCCUCAGGCAAAGUCUCUCGACCGCUCUGCGUCCCAGGGCAACCUCGCGGUUCAGUACCGCCGUCGGGGACCUGAUUCCGGUCAGCCUUCACCCAUUUCCCCAAUGGCUCCGAUCCCGUCGCCGUCGAUUCCCGUCAGCCAGUCUUCACCCGCUUUCGUUCCCUCCCGACGACCAUCCGCACCUACCGUGCCGUCGCCCAACUCUGAGGCUGCACCUGUCAACCGCCUUGACGAGUCAAUGAAGAGGGUUGUCAGGAAAAAGGAUAUUUCUGAGCCGACUUUUGUCUCUUCAACCUCUCGCGUGCCAACUGUGGCUCUCCCCGAGACCUCGGAGUCCCGUUCUAGAAGCGGUUCUCGUUCCCGAUCCGGCAGCAUCCUCGGUGCCGCCGCCUCAACACCAAACCUCCAUGGCAGCGUACACGCCAACAUCAACGCUCCGCCUGUGCCUCCGAUUAACCCCAAGCGUCGCAACAUGAUCGGUUCGAUGAUGGGUCGCCGAGGAGAUGACGACAUGGGCGCAAGCUCUCCUCACCUGCCGUUCUCCCCGCCGCCGAUUCCUCGUGAACACGGUGAUGACAGUCACAGCGCAUUCUCCGUGAGCGACGAAGAGGACGGUCCUGGUUCCCAGCGGCGCCGUCUCCGAAAGACCAUCAGCGAAGCCAAUGGCAUGAACAUGCGUGCCCGUCUCACCCGGGGCAAUAGCCCUCCCAACAUGCCUCAGCCCACGGCCAUGACAGGCGGCUUGAACAACGGAAACAUGCCUGGCGGCAUGAUUUAA